AUUUUGGAUGUACGGCUGUUUUGUUUUUUUCUUCAUAGUUUGUUUAUAUAGUGUUGUGAAGUACUGAUUAUAUUAAGUAACAAGAAUCUAUGGAGUCGAUGGAGUAGCUUUUAGAACUGUUCAAACAGUGCUAUUUAGAAAUUUCGUUUAAAAUGCCUAAAAGAGGUAGCCGAGAUGUGGAAGGAACAAUUGUAAAAAAGAAAGCAGCAAACCGUCCACGGGUAGCAUCAAAUGGCCACCGACUUCCAGAUCCCAUCCCAGCCGGAGAAAUGCUGACAGAUGUGAUGAAGAGAAAGUGGAAACUGGGAAGAUCAGUUGGACUUGGUGGUUUUGGUGAAAUUUAUUUGGCUUCAGAUAAUGUAUCAAACAUUGUAGGACCAGAAGCUUCAUAUGUUAUUAAAGUUGAGCCCCACAGUAAUGGCCCACUUUUUGCUGAGAUGCAUUUCUAUCAUCGUGUUGGAAAAACAGAACAGAUUGAUGAGUGGGUGCUGAAGAAGAACCUGGACUUUUUAGGAAUGCCAAGAUUUAUUGGUUCGGGCUCGCAUGAAUACCAUGGUGUCAAGUAUCGCUUCAUGGUAAUGGAAAGAUUUGGGGAAGAUCUACAAAAGUUACUCAACAGAAAUAAAUUGUUCCCAGAAAAAACUGUUUUCACUUUAGGCAUUAGAAUUCUGGACAUCUUAGAAUAUAUACAUAGUUUUGGAUAUAUUCAUGCUGAUGUUAAGGGGUCUAAUCUGCUUCUAGGAUUUGGAAAGGGCAGAGAAAAUCAGGUGUAUCUUGUGGAUUAUGGAUUAGCUUGUAGAUAUAACACUAGUUGUGGUAUACAUAAAGAGUAUAAGGAAGACCUUCGUAAAGCUCAUGAUGGUACUAUUGAAUUUACGAGUAGAGAUGCCCACAUUGGAGCUCAUUCUAGAAGGGGAGAUCUGGAGAUUCUGGGGUACAACAUGCUUCAGUGGCUGUGCAGAAGACUACCUUGGGAAGAUAAUCUUAAAAACCCAGAGUAUGUUAGUAAAGAAAAGUCUCGGUACAUGUCUGAUGUCAUUUCAUUAAUGAAAAAAUGUUUUGGGAUUAGUAGAUGUCCUGAAGGAAUCCAAGAAUAUAUGCAGUACGUAGCAAAUCUUAACUUUGAAGAAGAACCAAACUACGAACACUGUCGGCAAAUCUUAAAACAAUCAAUCAAAAGAGCUGGAUAUAAGGAUGAUGGAAAACUUGAAUUUUCUCUUCCAAGUAAACUGAAUAAGGCUAAUAAGUCUCCAAAGAAAAGAAUAACAAGUCAAGGAAAACAAACACCUAAAAGAAAACAAGCACAAAGAAUAGCAUCCUCAGAGUUUGCAGAUGGAAUUAUAAGUGAAAGACUAAGAAUAAAAAAAGCAGUUUCAGACACGCCUGAGCUUACAUCACACUCUCCUUCUGAGAACAUAUUAAAUGGGAAUGGAAGUCCUAUAGAUAAUCCAACUCCUGCCAUGAUUAUGGUAAUGCAACGAAAACAAGAACUUCAACAAAAGCAAAAAAUGGUCAGGAAAAGUAAAAGCUUUCGGCAACCAAACAUUCUCCAUUCAGCUAUAAGAACUAAAUCUUCCAAUAAUUUGAAUAAGAAGUCUUUAAAGAAUGCAUCGUUGAGAAGGUUGUCACCCAGAUCUAAAAGCAUUACAAAGACAAGCAAAACAAGGGCAACUACUUCCAAAACAUCACCACUUGCCUCCACAGCAGCACUGAACAAUUCUUGUAGUCCCGAAGUCUAGUACUGAUGACUCUGUAGUCCCUUCUCUAAUGUACAGUCAAAGUUUUUGCAUUUAUUGCAACAAGAAUAUUUUAUCAAUGAUGGCUCUUCCCAGCACAACUUUUUGAUGUUUGUUUUGUUGUCAGUUUUUAGAUGCAAAAUUGGUGUCAAAAUUGGUAAAAAGUAUAAAGACUGGAGGGUGAUGUUUCAUCAACAGUAAAUUGUGUUGUCAGUUGCUAAGUUACUAACAUUCCCUUUAUGUAUGCAAGAUUUGCAGAAAUUUUAAUAAUGUAUGUACAGACCAAAUCAAUACUUUACCUUAGUUGAAACAGUCAAA